UCUCCACAUGACAGGGGGGGAAGGAGGAAGUGGGGCGACCCGCGGGGCGCUGCUGCCGCUCCGGUAGCUGCGGGGUUGGGGCAUCGCAGCUGACGGGGAGAGCCCUUUCCGCGACGUGCGGGCUGGCUGUCCUCGGGGGCAGGUUUGCACCCCGGUGCCGCCGCUGAGAGAAGGCGGACAGGCGGGUAGAGAGCGGGAGAGCGCUUCCCCGGGCCGCGGCGUGUCUCCGGGGAAGUUUGGUGCGGGGCGGGAUCCUGCCUCAUUCCCUUGGGCUUCCCGCCGGCUGCGGCGGUGGCGCCGGGCAUGAACGGCUUCGCCCCCGAGGAGGUUACCCAGCGCGGGGCGGACCCUGCUGCAGCCGCCGCCGCCGCCGCCGCGGUGGUGGGCAAUGCGGGUUCUGCCGUGGAGGUGCCGCCGCCGCCAGCGCCGCAGGGGCUGAGUCCGGCCGUAGCCGCCGCCGCCGCGGGCUUGGUGGGCGCCGGGGGUGCGGGCGGCCCCGGGGCAGGGCAGCUGUGCUGCCUGCGGGAGGAGGGAGAGCGGUGCGGCCGCGCCGCCGGCAACGCCAGCUUCAGCAAGCGGAUCCAGAAGAGCAUCUCGCAGAAGAAGGUGAAGAUCGAGCUGGACAAGAGCGCAAGACAUCUGUAUAUUUGUGACUUCCACAAAAACUUAAUUCAGAGUGUGAGAAAUAGAAGAAAGAGGAAAGGCAGCGAUGAUGAUGGUGACUCACCCGUGCAAGACAUCGACACUCCAGAGGUUGAUUUAUAUCAGUUACAAGUAAACACACUUCGAAGGUACAAAAGACACUUCAAGCUACAGACCAGACCAGGACUUAACAAAGCACAGCUUGUUGAAAUAAUUGGCUGCCACUUUAGGACAAUUCCAGUGAAUGAAAAGGACACCUUAACGUAUUUCAUCUACUCGGUGAAGAAUGAAAAGAACAAGCCAGAUCUAAAGAUGGAUAGUGGGGUUCAUUAGAUGGAAAAGGUUGGGACUGAGACUCAGGUUGCAAAUCAAAAGACUGAGGUUUUGUUGAUAUGCAGAAGCUUUCUUUGUAACUUUUUCUCCCCAGAGACUUUGUCUCUGUUUUAUUUUUCAUAACCUUGCUGAUUUGUUUGAAAACCAUCUCUUAUGAAUCAAAUUUCCUCAGCAAAAGUAUUUUAAAUAAAUAUCACUGAUCCCGUUGCUCGAGUGGGUGUGUCUGUAGCUUACUGAGUUACUUGUACCUAAUAGUUAAGCUUUGACUAACUAUGUAAUAAUAUUAAAAUAUUUUUCAAUUAAAGUGUGCCAAGAAUAUAUUUAUGAAUGUACUUCAAGUUCUCAUGGUGCAAUGCUUUUUAAAAAAACCCGAAGCUGUAGCAGACUUGCAAUAGGUUCCUUUUCCUAAGGUAAAAGACUUUAAAUGACAGUUCCAGUUGUUAGCUGGGCAGAAGUGGUUGAAUAACGUUUUAUUUUUCCCCUUGAAACAAAAAUUGGUGGGGGCUUUUCUGGUGUGUGUAUUCAUCUUGUCACUGCUGGUGUAUGCGCUUCCAAGCACUGAGACCUUCCUGCUCCUAUAUUAAAAUGGGGAAAAAAAUGCAGCUCUCAAAUUUCAAAGCUGUAAGUAGGAUGAAAAGACUGCUGCAGCUUACUGUGCUGAGAAAUCCUUCCACUCAGUAUGAAAUCCUUUAGCUGCUUACUUCUCCAUUCAUCUACAUAGACUGCUGCUAAGAACUUAAUUGGAGAAUGGAAAAUGGAUUCUGUGCUGGGUCAAUAUAGUAUCUUUUUCAUUGCAUGCAUUAGCUCAGGCUUGUUAAAAAUAUAGAAACAAAAAAACCCAAAUAAAACUUAUGAUAACACAUAUGAGAAAUAUCCAGCAAUACUUUUGCUUUUAGCUAAAUAUCUUACUAAAGUCUGAUGUUGAACAUGAUAUUAUGAAUGACUGUUUAUUGUCAUUUAACUGUUGUGCCAGUCUAAAUGUGUGAUGUAUGGAAUAUUAUUUUUCUUCUAGAAAUGACACAUAAAUUGAAGAAAAGGUGGAAGGGAAAUAGUUCUUAAAGUGGAAGAGAACACAGCUUCAGCAUUUUCAGUUAGCAUUUGUUGCAACUCUUAGCCAUAUCUAAUGUUGAAAAGGAUUUGCUUAAUUUGGGCAAAAAUGAGAAAGCCGUAUUUGUGUGGUUUAAUUUGCUCAAUGUUAAUCUUGUGAGUUUUUUGAAAACUACUGUUUUGCUGGCAUCACUAUAACUAAGAUGCUGCAGUUUGCUUUUUCUGACCUGUGACAGUUGCAUUGAACUGAAUGAUGAUAAACCAUAAAACCUAACUUCAAA